GUUAAAAUUGCUGAAAUGGAUAUUGAAAAUGUGUCUGAGAACGAGAGUUUACUAAUCAUGGCUGAUGAUGGUGGUCGUGAAAAUUGUUAUGAGGAUGGAGAACAAAUCGACACAGUAAAUUCUAAUGAACAAAAUGUUCCAGAUUCUACAUGGAGUCAGGAAAAUGACUCUGCGGUGGAAGUUGCACAAGAACAAGAGGGAUACCAGCCCUCAAAAUUGGAAUCAAUUUUUGCGGUCGUCAAGACCCUGGUUAUGAGGGGUAUUGUUAUCUAUGUCAUCGCAUCAUUUUUCCAAAAGCCAGCCUCAGUUGAGCCUGUUCCUGGUGGCACUGUUUCCACUAAAUUGCCAGCUUUUAAUAUAUUUAAGAAUGGAACUGUUAUGGAUUUAUAUGUAUACUUAUCAGAGAGUGAAAAGUUUAAUAACUUUAGUGACCCAGAAGCCUUGAUUUGGAGUGAAAAGGGUAUUGUUUAUGGGGACUGGAAUAGUGGUUCUAAUAACGAUGGAACACGUGUACAAAAUAUUGAAUUCAAAGUAUCAGAGGCUGUGCAGAACAAUGGAUCAAUAUAUCUUCACGUGUAUUUCACACGGAGAGGAAAGUCGCCAGACCCUUCUUCCGGGAAAGGAAUGUAUUCGCCACAUCACAUGGCUUACAGCAAGAAGCUGUUGAAUAAAUAUAAGCGGCUGCGCUACACAAAGACGCAUAAUCUCCUGACUGGUGAGACAGCGGCUACUUUGGCAGAGGUGAAGAGAGCUGAAAUUCUGAAAGAGGAAUUUGUUUCUCAUUGGCAUCCGAACCUGACGUUAAAUCUGGUGACUGAUCAGACCAACUGGAUUGAGGGGUCUGUUCCUCCGCCUCUUGACGAAUAUAUUGAAUUCAUACCGGGUGGAGAUCACUACAAGCCUGUUAUUUAUUUCAAUGAUUUCUGGAACAUGUUUCGAGAGUAUCAGCCAAUCAAUAAGACAACAACGACUUUAGAGUUGAGUCUGACAUCCCAGCCAUUAUCGCUUUUUAAAUGGCAGAUAUAUUCAGCACAUGCGAUGCGCAACAAAUGGACGGUGAAUUGGCUUGGAGAUACAUUUGUGGAUGAAGACGACGAAGAACAGGAUUCAUUGAAAGAGGCGCUUCUGGAGACAUCGCCAUAUCUCCUUACUCUUACUAUUCUAGUAUCCAUACUGCAUUCCGUGUUUGAACUGCUGGCGUUCAAGAAUGAUAUUCAGUUCUGGAACAACCAGAAGUCAUUGGAAGGCCUGUCAGUGCGAUCAGUAUUCUUCAGCGUGUUUCAGUCUUUAAUUGUACUGCUGUAUGUAUUGGACAGCGACACAAAUACAGUGAAUAAGCUCACUUGUUUUGUAGGACUUUGCACAGAAGUCUGGAAGAUACAGAAGGUGGUUGACAUCAGUAUUGACUAUGAAGCUCGAAUAUUUGGAUUUAUUCCAAGGAUCAGAUUCUCAGAUAAGGGCUCGUACAUAGAGUCGAGUACUAAACAAUAUGACAUGCUUGCGUUCCACUACCUGUCGUGGGCAUUGUACCCGUUACUGGCUGGCUAUGCCGUCUACUCCCUUUUCUACCAGGAGCACCGUGGUUGGUAUUCUUUCGUGCUCAACAUGCUUUACGGCUCACUUCUCACAUUUGGUUUCAUAAUGAUGACACCACAACUUUUCAUCAACUACAAACUGAAGUCUGUAGCACACAUGCCUUGAAGUAUGAUGUCUUACAAGUUCCUUAAUACCUUCAUUGACGACAUUUUUGCAUUUGUCAUGAAAAUGCCAACACUUUACAGACUGGGCUGCUUCAGAGAUGAUAUUAUUUUCUUCGUCUUUCUGUACCAACGUUGGAUAUACAAGAUAGACCCCCUAGGGAGAAUGAAUUUGGCUUUUCGGCAGAGAUGGAGCAGGAGGUGGCAGGAUCACAAAAUGUGCAGCUGGCAGAUGGUAUAAAGGCCGCUAUUACAGCAGCACCGGCCAAAGCCGCCGAAUGCAAGAAGAAGGAUUAACGAGAGUGCCGUGCUCGCAGUGUCAACAUUUUCGUAGAAAACGCAUACUGAAAUGAAUGUAAAUUUAUUGCGAGUUGUAAGACAUUUUAAUAAUAAUUAGUUGCAGUACUGCUGGCACAUUUAAAAGAGAAAUAUGUGGUCCACCAUUAUAUUUCGAUGUAACAUUGCCAUUUUAUUUUUGUCCC